GAAGAACUAGCCCUCCUGAAAUUUGCAGCGUUCGCAAGAGCCAAAGUUGGCCACGAUGAAUAUAAACACAAGUCACUGAUUCUCUCGUGAGAGGGGGCUGGAGUCCUACUCAAGGAGCUCUAGAUCGUAGGAAGAUAAGACCUCCUGUCGAACAUCCCCUUUCGAGCUUUGUCAGUCUUCAGUCUGGGACAAAGGGACGGAUAAAAUACAGAGAGCUCCAGAGAAUCUUUAAAAAAUAUGGCUUCGACUUCGACAAUUCCUUUGGAGCUCAGAUUGAGCUCAGCAGCCCUGUCGUCGACCCAGGGGCCACCCUGCAAGCUUGCUUUUGCUUAUAAUCCGUUAUUGAAAGCCUCGACGAGCUUGUCAUCGAUGGAUCUCAGGACUCGUUCAUAUUUUCUUCAGCCUGCGUUUCGAACCUCUAGAUGCCGCCUAUCAGUCGCCUGUACUGAGCAAGGAAGUGGCAAGUCUCCAGCUCCUUCGGAGACUGACAAUUUGAUGGCAAGUAUGAUCCCAUCAGACGAGAAGGUGCCUCUAGACCCGAAUGAAAGCACCUCCUUGCAGGCCAUGACAGCUGUGCUGGUGGGAUUUUGCCUGGGCUACUUCACGACCAGGGUUUGGAGAGCGGGAUGGUUUCUUGUGAAGUCGUCUUUGAGGGCUAAGAGAUUGUGUACGAAGUUGGAUCGAUAUUUCCCUGCAGCGAGGAGCACCAUGACUCCCGUGAUCUUCAACAAUAUUGCAAAGGAGAACGGCAUUUCCAGAGAGGCCGUCUUAACGACAUACAUCCACCACGUGCUGAUUGUACGAACUUUCGAUGAUGAACUAGUGGCAGACCUCACUCACUUGAGGAGAGUGUCGAACCUCGAUGAUAAAGCCGUCGUUGACAUACUGUGCGAGAUCGGUAGGAGGAUAGUGAGGCUCGGAGGACCCUUGUGUGUAGACACGACGGGAUUAACGGAAUGGGAAUUGGAAGAUCAAAGACUGACGAGGCUUGCAUUUACCAAAACUCUUUCCCUGGCUGAAACCUGGUUUCCAGAUAAUCUGGAUUCGUCCAAAGUCGUGGAGGCAUUCGAGCUGACCGAAGAGGACGCUGUGAAACUUCGAAAAGAUCCUUUAAUCUUCGGUGACUCUUAAAUUGGAAGUUUCGGCCUAUGGAAGAGUUCAAGUCUCCAUAGUGGAGGAGGAGAUAGAAGAUGCUGCUCACUGUAAGACACUUUCAGAAGUGCUUACAAUUGCAGACAGGGAUUUAGAUUCUCAAGUGAUGAAAUCCAGCCCCAUAAAGCCUACCUGUUUCCCACAAUGACUGCUGGCUGAAGAUUGCAUGCUUUAAUUUUCAUCUUAAGCCUCUCAUGCGCCUCUCAGAGGCGUUUGAAAGAUGGUCAAGCAGACAUUCAUCCAAUGUGACGAUGAAUCCCAUAAAAAUAUGAUGCACGGCCAAAGAAUAUAAUUUCAGUUUCC